ACUUCAAAAGAAAACAUUUAGGAGAAGUAAAAAAUUAAAGAAAUACUAUUAAAGCAUUAUUUAAAAAACGUAAAUGUUAUAAUGGCAUCUUCUUCAAAAAAAAUUAAAGUAGAUCGUCGACAUCGAAAGGAGUGGGAAAAUGAAAUUUGGGCCAAAGGUUGGCUAAAAUCUAUUGCAGAUGCCCCUUUGUCGUACCAAUCAACAUCUAACGACCAAUAUACAUCGUGGUGUUUUGGAUGCAAAAUAGCUCUAAGAUCCCAUAAGAUCGAUCUAAAAAAGCAUUCAGAAAGUAAUAAACACAUUUCUAAUAUGGCGGUGCUGUUUAAGCAAAACAAAAUUGAAAAUUUUAUAACACAGCCGCAAUCAAAUGAGUCUAAAAUUAUUGACAUUAAACUAGCCGUUUUUAUUGCAAAACAUAGCUCAAUUGCUUCUGUUGACCACCUUACAACCUUGCUACGGAACUGCUCAACAAAAGAAAGUGCAUUUGAAAAAUUAAGGCUGCACAAAACUAAGUGUACUGCUAUUAUCAAAAAUGUCGUUUCUCCGUCAAUUUUAGAGGAUUUGGUGAAAGAUAUUGGUGAUAAUUUUUACAGUUUGGUGGUAGAUGAAUCUACCGAUAUAUCCCAAACUAAAUGGAUGAGCAUUUGUGUAAGAUUUUUUGAUCAUAAAAGACUUAAAAUUGUUACCCAUUUUUUGGACAUUUUCCUGGUAGAAGAAGCUACUGCAACAAAUCUUUUUGAAGGUAUGAAACUGUUUUUAAACAAAGUGGGUUUAAAUAUAAAAAACUUAAUAGCUCUUGGAACUGACGGGGCCAGUAAUCUAUGUGGUAAAAAUAAAUCGUUAUUUAUCCUUUUAAAACAAGAAAAUCCACAAUUAUUACUUUUAAAAUGUACCUGCCACUCCCUCCAUUUAUGCUGCUCCAAAGCCUCAAGUGAAAUUCCCAAAAAUGCAGACUUUUUACUUAAAGAAAUUUACAACUAUUUUAGCCACAGCCCACUUCGUACUUUACUAUACAAAAGAGCUUUUGAUUUGGUUAACAUUGGAGUUGAUUCAAAUAAUUUUAGAAAACUUGUACAAAUAUCGGGGACUCGUUGGCUGUCUUAUGGGGCCGCCAUCAGAAGAGUUUUGGAGCAGUGGGUGGAGUUAAAAUACCACUUUUCUUUAAUCUCAACUGCUGAAAAUGACAAGACUGCUCAACAUAUUUAUAAAGAAUUAUCUGACGAAAAAAAUAGACUUUUUUUGAUAUUUAUUAACCCAAUAGUUAAUAAAAUGAAUCAUUUAAAUUUAGAAUUUCAACCUGAUCAUAUGGAUGCAGGUAGCAUGUAUGAUGAAAUAGUUUCAACAAUAUUAAUUUUUUCUUCUAAAAUGUUUAAGCCGUCAAUUUUAAAAAAUAAUGGAAAUUUGGAUAACUUAAUAUGUUCAUUAAAUUUGGCUAUUGAUUCGCCUGAUUCUUUUCUGCCAUUGGAAUCUAUGGAUUUUGGCACAGAAUUUGAAAUGGAAUUAAAAAAUAUAAAAAUGAAUGAAUAUGAUGCAGACAUUUUAAAAGAAAAUUGUUUUUUGUACUUAAAAAAACUAUUAAAAGAAAUGCUAAAACGGUUACCUGAAAAUAUAAAUAUUUUUAAAACAUAUAAAGAAUUUUCAAUAUUAAAAUGUGGAAACCCUUUAACACAAGUAAAAUUUUCGGAAGUUCAAAAUUCGUUAACUUUAUUUUUAAAUCCAAAAAUAUCUGCAGGGGAAUAUGAAUUGCAAUGGUCAAAAUUAGCAUAUAUCAAUUGGACUGAGGUCUUUAAAGGUGAAAUCCCAAAAAAUUUAUUAGACUUUUGGCCACAAGUUUACAAUUAUUGCGAUGCGGCUGGAACAUUUCACUUUAAAGAUUUAGCAUUGGCCGUUCUAAACAUGUUAAUUUUACCAACCAGCAACGCUUGCGUAGAAAGGCCUACAGAUAAAAUGUUAAAAAAGUUUAAUUCUAAUACAAUGUAUGAUACACCAAGCAGUGAAAAUGAAUCUGCAGAGAAUGAGGUAUAUGAUAUUAUAGAUUUACGCAAUUAA